CGAAGGCGGGAGAGUCGAAGUCAGCCGAGGGUCAUAAUGAUCUGUUUUUAAAGUGAAAAGCAGACAUAGUUUCAGAAUGUCGGCUCAGAAACGGAAGGCCUCAGACACAGAAGAUUCUCCAUCCAAUGAGGAACCAAGGCAAAAGUUCCUUCAUAGAGAUGCUAGUCCAUCCGAAGACAAAGAGAGUGAACUCCAUGAGAUAAAGUCCAGAGUGAACCAGAAGCAAGAGGUUCUGCGCAAACUCCGACUGGUUCGCAUGUAUCGCAACAAGCCAGAGAUGCAAGACCUCGAUACUGUAACAGCGAAGUGGCUCCAGGUGUGUCAGGAGGCACUGCAAGACCUGCUCAUCAAGGUCAAAGAGCAGAUGAGCAAUGAGAUGGGGCAGGAGGAACUUACUCUUACACAACUUGUAAAUAAGUUAGGCCUUGAUCCAGAGCUGCUGAUGUUAGACCCUGUAGAGGAUUGUUUUAUAACCCGAUAAUCUUCUCCCAACUCCCCCUCCCCCCCCCCCUUUUUUUUUCCUUCUUUCUUUUUCUUGGAAUGAUAAUAAUGUGUCUGGGAUAGUUUUGAGGAAAAUAUAAAUUUAUAUCAAUUUUCAACAUUGGUGAGGAAAAUGAGUUUGGAAUAGUCAUGUGAAUAACAUAAUUUGUUAAUCAUAGUAUUUUGCAGUGUUCAUUUUCAAACUGUAGCAAUGUAUACAUAUAUUUUUUUCAUAAAAUGUCUAAUCAUAUAUAGGAAUUCCAUAUCUAGUGUAUAAAUUGUUUGUGUAGUUACAAACAUUGCCUUUGUAUAUUUGUAUAACUAUGUACAUUUGCUUAGCAAUAAGGAAAAAUGAUAAGUAAUCAUUAUAGAUUUAUUUUCACCUUUUAUCACAUAUCUUAUAUUUGUAUUAAGAGGUGAAUUUUUUUAUCUGUAUUAAGAGGUGUAUUUUUUUACUUUAAAAUGAGGUUCAUGUUUUGACAUAACAAUCAAAUUAAUUCUAAUGAAAGAGUAAACAAUAGUUACCAUUCUAAAGAGGUUUCUUAAAAAUAACGGUAGGAUAAUAAAAACAAGUUUUUUUUUUUGCAUGAGGUAAUCUAUGAAUCAAGUUUUAAAAACUCAGAACACAUAGAAGAAACUAUUGUUCUUAAAAUAUUCACAGGGUUAGCCCAUUCGCCCUGGAGUUUUGUUCUGUCCCCUGUAGUUUUUGGUGAAUUUUGUUACAUACAGAUGGCUCCACAUGUGCUCAGCCGGCAAGGAGUCUAUCAGUAGGACCUAGUUACCGAUCCUGAUUUUCACAUUCCUUGAAUUGGCGGGAAAAUGUGUUUUUCUUAUUAAUAUCAUUGCUAUCGAUGCUGUUAUUAUUUUUAUUGAUGUUGUGAUUUUUAAAUUGUCAUUAAAAUAUUUUAGACAAUGAAAUGAUACAAAAGACCCUUUCCUAAAGUGAAGGAAAAGAGUAAACAGGUGAGAAAGGUAAUUCUGAUAACUGGCUAUUUGUUGAUUAAGAACUUGUAGAGCCAUCUAUGCGUAAAUACAAUAAAUAAACGUGUAUUACAGAGGGCAUGGCAUAUAUUCUUGCCACAUGGGGCAAAUGGGUUAAGGUUUGAUCUGGAAAGAAGCCAGAAAUACAAUUCUUUGGUUUUAACAAAAACUUUCAUCAUAAACGUGUAAGACAAAAGAAGAAAAAAAGUUCUGUCAAAUUGUUCCCUGACUGAACUCCUACUUUAAUCUACUAGAAAUAAAUGUAUAGUUUAAAAUACUAGUAAAGACACAACUAACUGUUACAUUAUAUACUUGUACAACUUACACCUUAACAUCUAUUAUUUGUCUGUGUUUUGUCCUCCCUGUGACAUCAAUUAUGCACAAUUCUAAUGUAAUACUUGUUAUUUGGUACAGGUAUGGGUAUGUCUAUAUUGCUGGGAGGAUGAGGUUUUGAAUGAGUGGGGAGGUAUUUAGUGUACAGAUGAAGGUGUGAUUAUGAGUGUGUAUGAGUAUAGAUGGGUAUGGUGUAAAUGGAAGGGACUGAAUGUAUGUUUCACUUUGAAGGGCAGUGUGGACAUGUCCUAAAGUUCCUCUUCACCCACUACAGAGUCACCUAGUCCUGACUAUGGCUGCAGAAUAGCAGGAAGACCAUGGCAGGUUACCCAACUGA